GAACUAUUUGGGUCAAAAUGAAUAAGAAACAGCAAUCCAAAGACAAAGGAAGUCUUCUCAGCCGCGGUCCGCCUCCUUCCAUCUCUUUCUGCGGCGAAAUCCAGUUAGAGUGGACCUGCACAGAAGAUUUCUACAAAAGACAAAAUGGGUUGCACAAAGGAGCAAUUGCUUACCCGUUUACAGGAACUUCAAAUUGAUUUCACCAAACAAGAACACCCUGUGGUUUUGACAGUUGAAGCACAGGCAAAACAUGUUGGGCAUCUGAAGGGUGCAUUGAGUAAAAACUUAUUCUUGAAGGAUAAGAAACAUAGGUUCUACGUUGUUUCUGCAAUGGCGAAAACCAAUGUAGAUUUGAAAGUUUUGUCUCAGAGGCUUGGUUUGGGAAAAGGAGGGUUAAGAAUGGCUCCUGAAGAAGCACUUGCGGAAGUACUUCAGGUGCCGCUAGGUUGUGUCACUCCUUUUGCACUUGUAAAUGAUUCAGCAAGGCAUGUUUCCUUGUUGUUAGAUCAGGGAUUUAAAAGUCAGGAAUGCUGCUUCUUCCACCCACUCUCUAAUGAUACUACAAUUGCUCUUAAUGCUCGUGAUCUCGACAAAUUCCUGAGUUCCAUAGGAAAGCAACCGUUCUAUGUUGACCUGGAGGCUAAUCCUCCAGUAGGAAAGGAUCAACCUCCUGAUCUAGCCUCUCUUGUUCCGUCUGAUACAAUUGUCCUACCAGGACAACCAGACAAAACAACUCCUGUGCAAGUUUCUGACACGAAUCAUGCCCCUGUCAGUAACAAGUCAACUGGAGUGUCAGCUAAAGCUGUUAAGCCAUCAACUGAUAUGUGGAAGGAGAAACUAUCAAAUGGAGUUAGCUCACCGAACUCCUUUGCUGAUCCUGAAAAAUUUGUUGAAGACUUUCUAGAGAAGACAUCAUCUCUAGUUCUUUCAGAGAUAACAGAGGAGAAUGUAAAGCAACACGGCGAGAAACUUGGUGAAGCCAUAUCAAAUAAAAUUAGGAAUAAGCUUGCAACAGAGUUCAAGAGCAUGGCUACGAUGUUCAAGAACACUGCGUAUUCUGAAGGUUUUCAAGCCGGCAUUCGCCAUCAAGCAAAACGUCCAUAAAACACACUUUUGCCCUUCAUUUUAACGUGUCCUAUGAAAAGCGAUACAAUUAUCCCAUUCAAGUGAGCGCGGUUUUGUCAAAGAGCAAUUUGCUCCUUGUAUUAAAUACUCAAAACCAUUCUUCCUGUUGUCAGUAGAGGAAUAACAUAUGAGAUUUUAUAGAGAAAUUCAUGUUUCUUUCAAGUAUUUUUACU